UGUUUGAUACUAUAACACAUCCGCUUGCGAGAUCCCGCCUCUUCGUUUGUUUCACUUCUUAAGAAAGAGGAAUUGUUUAUUUCCCGCGUGCAAAGUUUAUAUUACCAUGCAACAGUACAGACGCGAGUUGCUUAUGCAGUAGAUUUCUGAGCUGAGAAUGGGAAGAUAGAUCUCAAGCAAUUAAAUUGGACAACUUGGAAAGAAAACUCCUAAAGGCAAAUACAUGGAUCUGAAACUUUUACUGUUGCCCUUGUUCUGGACAUGUUUUUAUUACCACUUUGGCCACUCUGCAUCUCCUCAUAAGUCAACAUGUACAGUUGAGAAUGGCAAAGCAGACUGUAGCCAUAUGAAUCUAGCUGCGGUUCCAACAAACUUACCAAGAAAUAUUAGUACAUUGGAUGUGUCCCACAAUAAACUAAAAAAUCUGUCUUCCCUGCAUUUAUACUCCAGUCUGGUGCAUAUAGAUGCCAGCUACAACUCUUUAACUGUUGUAGAAGAGGGUUUAUGUUUAUAUCUGCCACACCUGCAAAGUCUUAAUGUGCAACACAAUGAAGUCCAUUUGUUGAGCGAGAAGAACCUGAAAAACUGUUUCCAACUGUUACGACUCGACCUGUCUGACAACAGACUGAAGCUACAUUUGGAGCCCUUUUCCGUUCUAAAGAGUUUAACCUGGUUGGAUGUGUCUCGGAACAAACUGAAAUCGGCAAAACUGGGCACUCAACCUCAGCUGCCAAACCUGGUGACCCUUGUUAUUUCUGGAAAUGACAUUUCUGUACUGCAAAAGGAUGACUUCUCAUUCCUCAGUAAUUCCUCUGCAUUUCGGGUUCUGAUACUUUCGUCUCUGCCUCUUAAAAAGGUUGAGUAUGGCUGUUUCAAGUUUAUUGCUAAACUCUCUGACUUGGUGCUGGAUGAUUGCAAGCUCAGCCCACAGCUUACCACCAGUCUUUGUCAAGAACUUGCUGGCACAGCCUUGCAAAACCUUUCCCUUCAGAACACACUCCAGGUGACACUCACAAACACCACCUUCCAAGGCCUAGACAAGACUAACAUCUCAGUCCUUGACCUCAGCAACAAUGCAAUGUCAAAGAUUGCAGAGGACACCUUUCAGUGGUUUCCCCGGCUGGAAUUGUUAUCCCUGGGGCACAAUUCCCUUAGACAUCUAACUAAGGACAUGUUUAGUGGACUGGGAAGUCUUAGGCAGCUAAACCUGCAGAAAGCACUGACUAAGGGUCAUGCAUCUUCCUAUCCAAUUAUUGAUGACUACUCCUUCCAUCAUUUAGUCAAGUUAGAGCAUCUACGCAUGACAAAUACUGCCUUCAGAGAGAUAACACCACAUGUCUUUUCUGGACUUCCACAGCUGAGGACACUGGACUUGAGUUGGAGCAGCACAGGGUUGAAGACAGUCUCAAAUGUUACCUUUGCUUCUCUGCAAGAGUCUACACUCCUUCAGACACUUAAUCUUACAGGCAUGGCUAUCAACAGGCUGGGCCCUGGAGCCUUCUCAAGCUUGGGCAACCUCACUAAACUCUUGCUUAGCCACAAUUUCAUCAAUCAGCAGUUGAAAGGAGAUGAGUUUCAGGGCCUCUCUAAUUUAAAAGAGAUUGACUUGUCUCUUAACCAGCAAAGUAUUUCCCUUACCAAUACAUCAUUCAUCCAUGUUCCUGCAUUGAGGGUUUUAAUGCUAGGUCAUGCCCUAAGAGGGACUCUAGAUUUGGAACCAUCUCCAUUCAGGCCCCUGAUCAACCUCACAGAUCUGGAUCUCAGUAAUAACAAUAUUGCAAACGUAAACAAUGGCUUACUGAGGGGAUUGUAUCAUCUGAAAUUCCUGAAACUGCAGCAUAAUAACUUGGCUAGGUUGUGGAAGACCGCCAACCCAGGCGGUCCAGUGUUGUUCCUCAAGGAUGUAACAAAACUUUAUUUUCUGGAUUUGGACUUCAAUGGCCUAGAUGAGAUUCCACUUAAUGCUUUUCAGGGUUUCUCAGAACUACAUGAGUUAAGUCUUCGUGGUAAUCUCUUGAAUCAGCUGCAUACCUUAGUAUUUGAUGACCUAAAGUCUUUACAGUAUUUGCAUCUUCAGAAGAACUUUAUAACAUCUGUGCAACGUGUCACAUUUAGUGUGCCACUGUCCAACCUUACGGAACUUCACAUGGAUCACAACCCGUUUGACUGCACCUGUGAGAGCAUACUUUGGUUCUCUGAGUGGCUGAACUCCACUAAUGCCAGUGUUCCUGGAUUCCCACAGAGUUACAUCUGCAACACUCCAUAUGCCUACUUCAACCGCUCUGUCAUGGAUUUUGACCCACUCUCCUGCAAGGAUAUGACACCGUUCAAGGCGCUGUACAUUUUGAGUAGUACGGCAGUGUUGAUGCUGUUAGUUACAGCUUUCCUGGUACAUUACCAGGGAUGGAGAAUCCAGUUCUUCUGGAGCCUAAUGGUAAACCGCAUGCUGGGGAUGAAGGACAAAACUAUUGCUGAAGGUAGAUAUGAGUAUGAUGCUUAUAUCAUCCACACUGCCAAGGACAAGCCAUGGGUGGAACGAAGCUUGCUCCCCCUAGAGGAUGAAAAAUUAUAUUUUUUUCUUGAAUAUCGAGAUGCAGUGCCUGGAUUUUCUCAACUUGACACAAUUGUUGAAAAUAUGGGAAAGUCCAGGAAGAUCAUUUUUGUUAUCACAGAAAUGCUUCUAAUGGAUCCAUGGUGCAGGCAAUUCAAAGCCCAUCAUGCCCUUCACCAGGUAAUGGAGGAAAGUCGUGACUCACUGAUUCUGAUUUUCCUACAAGAUGUAGCUGAUUACAAUCUGAAUCGCUCUCUACAUCUGCGUCGUGGCAUGUUGAAACCUUGCUGUGUUCUCUACUGGCCUUUACACAGAGAACGCAUCCCAGCUUUCCAUCAGAAACUCCGCUUGGCAUUAGCCUCUACCAACAAAGUUAACUAGACAGGAACUUGGUAAUAAGCUAAACAUGCUUUGUGCAAGGACUUGACUGUUUUUACUAGAAUCCUUACCAGGAUAUCUCCAUUCCAUGAUUUUUAAUUUCAAAACGCAUUUAAAUUUGGAAGCACGUUGCAGGUCAGAUUAGGUAGCGUGCUGCUGCUUUGCAAGGCCACCAGAUUACGGCAGUUACCAGACACAAUGCUCAACAGCUUUGCGGGCUAGAAGGGCUCUAUCUGAUCUGACCUGGUGGGAUAUUUAAAUUAAACUAGUACAUUUACUCACAUGAGAUGAUUUGAUAACUUAUUUAUUGAAAUAAAAAGCCUAGGCUUUGAAUGCAGUGGAAGGUUUUAGGUUUGAAUAAAAAAGAAGAGGAAAACUUCUAAGAGCACUUCUCCAACCUUAAAUUUAGUGGCAACCAAAAUGGUCAGUCCCUCAAAACCACUGCAACAAGCACAAUAGUAUAAUCUCCGUAAAACUGGGAUCACUCUGGCUUAGGUGCUGGCUAUUUCAGACAUUAUAUCCUCAUGCUCAAAGGAAUCCCAUUUGGAGAAGCCAGGAUUUGUUAUUGGAUAGAUCUGAUUUCCGACUAGCAUCAGAGACCAAUAUAAUGGUAAAUAUUUAUUAUCAAGUUUUGAAAUUUUCCCAUUUCAUUUAGAUAUUUGAAUAUGCUUGGAACUGUACAUUAUAUCAAUUACUUAUGGUUUUUGUUAGUUGAGUAGAUGUGGCAUGUUUUCUCUGCCUCUGCUAAAUGUUGCACUGUAUUUUAGACUUGCGUAAAUGGAGUGAAUGUCAAUGCUGGGUUUAAGCAAGCUGCUUAUGUUUGAGUAUGCUAAUAUGUAGUCUUUUUGCACUAUGCAGCCACCUAGUGUUCAUUUAUUUAACAAGAACUGAUACAUUUUUUGUACUGUUUAUAGCUAAUGAAUAAAUAAUAAACACUUUG